UUUGCAAACCCCUCUUCUCUCUCCCAGUCUCCCCCAAACCGCCUUGCCUCCGUUGCCCUCCCCACUCCCCUCUCACCUCCUAAAACCCCUCUUGCUCUCCCUUGCCCGCGCGCACGAGCACGCGCAUCGACACCUUCAGCUCGUGUGUCCGUGCGAGCGGGCGGUUUCCUCGCCAAGAACUGUCGCGCGGGUCGGGGGAUUGAGGAAGAGAGUGUCGGCGGCGGCGGCGGCGACGACGACGGAUUUUUCUGGCCCGAGAUUCCUGGUCAAGGCAAUAUGAAGUACGUCCUUGUCACCGGCGGGGUGGUGAGCGGCCUGGGCAAGGGCGUCACGGCCAGCAGCAUCGGCGUCGUCCUCAAGGCGUGCGGCUUCCGCAUUACGUCCAUUAAGAUCGAUCCUUACCUUAACACCGAUGCUGGGACUAUGUCUCCAUUCGAACAUGGUGAAGUGUUUGUGCUGGAUGAUGGUGGCGAGGUGGACUUGGAUCUUGGUAAUUACGAGAGGUUUCUGGACAUUAAACUUACUCGGGACAAUAACAUAACCACCGGAAAGAUCUAUCAGUCUGUAAUUGACAAGGAGAGGAAAGGGGAAUACUUGGGAAAGACUGUCCAGGUUGUGCCACACAUCACAAAUGCCAUACAGGAGUGGAUUGAGCGUGUUGCUAUGAUACCAGUUGAUGGCAUGGAGGGACCUGCUGAUGUCUGUGUGAUAGAAUUGGGGGGCACUAUAGGUGAUAUUGAAUCCAUGCCAUUUAUAGAAGCUUUGGGUCAGUUCUCUUAUCGUGUUGGUCCUGGCAACUUCUGCCUGGUGCACGUCAGUCUAGUUCCAGUUUUGAAUGUUGUUGGUGAACAGAAAACAAAGCCAACCCAGCAUAGUGUACGUGGUUUGAGGGGACUCGGGCUCACUCCAAAUAUUUUAGCUUGCCGCAGUACUAAGGAAUUAGAGGAUAGUGUGAAGGAGAAACUCUCCCAGUUUUGCCAUGUGCCGGCAGCAAAUAUUAUCACUUUGUAUGAUGUUUCCAAUAUCUGGCGCAUUCCUUUGUUGCUUUGUGACCAAAAGGCUCAUGAGGCUAUCCUUAAAGUUCUGAAUCUGGAAAGGGUGGAUAGCAUUGCCCGAGAGCCGAAGUUAGACGAAUGGGUUGCAAGAGCUGCUAUAUUUGAUACCCUUCAUGACACUGUGAGGAUUGCUAUGGUUGGGAAGUACACUGGCUUAUCAGAUUCAUACCUCUCUGUGUUGAAAGCCCUCUUGCAUGCAUCUGUUGAUUGCCGUAGGAAACUUGUUGUUGAUUGGGUUGCUUCGACGGAUCUUGAGGAUUCCACAGCAAUUGAGGCACCCGAUGCAUAUAAAACAUCAUGGAAUUUAUUGAAGGGGGCAGAUGGAAUUUUGGUACCUGGUGGCUUUGGUGACAGAGGUGUUGAAGGGAAAAUUUUGGCUGCUAAGUAUGCCCGGGAAAAGAAUGUCCCAUAUCUUGGUAUAUGUCUUGGGAUGCAGAUUGCUGUCGUGGAGUAUGCCCGUCAUGUUAUGAAUUUCACUGAUGCCAACAGCACUGAAUUUGAUCCAAAUACCAAGACCCCUUGUGUUAUUUUUAUGCCUGAGGGUUCCAAAACACAUAUGGGUGCAACAAUGCGCUUAGGAUCAAGGAGGACAUUUUUCAAGAUUGCUGAUUGCAAGUCUUCUAAAUUGUAUGGCAAUGUCACUUAUGUUGAUGAAAGGCACCGGCACAGAUAUGAGGUGAACCCUGAUAUGGUUCCAGAGUUCGAAAAAGCUGGGCUUCAGUUUGUUGGCAAAGAUGAUACUGGAAGGAGGAUGGAGAUGAUUGAAAUACCCAACCACCGAUAUUUUGUUGGCGCACAAUUCCAUCCUGAGUUCAAGUCAAGACCUUCAAAACCUUCUCCCCUAUUUGUGGGACUAAUUGCAGCUGCAUCUGGGCAGUUGGAUAGGGUGCUGCAAGACCGCUGCAAUGGUCAUGUUGGUUCAGCUAAACAUGUUCUGAGCAAUGGCUCAUAUACAUCCGCAGUACACCAAAAUGGGAACCCAAAGAAGCUCACCAAUGGUCUCUCAAACGGAACAUACUAUGCCAAUGGCAAUGGUGUGCAUGCUUAGACCAUCAGAUGGAUGGAUCAAGGAUUUUGCAACUCUUUACUUCAAUUAUGCGGUUCCUAAUGCAUCAGUUUUGUCCGUUCGAGGAAGAAAAAGUUCUUGCGCUCGAUGCAGACUGUCUGCUGGGAAUAGUGCUCGUUCGGUGGUUUUUAGUUAAAGAACUAAGCUGGAUCUCUUUGGAAGGCACGAGACUGGUUUCUGUGUUCGUCUCUACCCUAUUGUGUAAGCUAAAGGAGCAGAUUUGGGACGGAAGAGUUUACAAGUUGUAUAUCCUCAAAGAAAAGCUGAAUAUUUUUAUUAACUUAAAUUAGGUCUUCAGUGAGGUCGAGAGCUGAUGCUUAAAAGUGGGCAGCAGUGCAAGUGCAAGAGAGAGUAUUUCGAAAUCAGGCAACUCUGUAUUUUGAUUUUGGACAUUUUUUUUGUUUCUUGUGCGCAAAUAAGUUGAUGCACUGUUGCAUGAUCAUAUAUCAGUUUUGACUUUAGAAUC